UCCUACCAUAGUUUCAGCUUCACUCAGCUGUACUGAGAGGCGCAAACUCUUUAAUGGGACAUGAGACAGCCUCACCCAGCAAUGGAGAGAUACAAACUCUUCUUAACUGUUUCAGUGCUGAGCUGUCUGGGUCAUGGCUGGGAGGUUCAGGUGCCAAAGUCAGUUAAAGCUGUUGAGGGCAGCUGUGUGAAGAUAUCGUGCCACACCAGCUCACAUAAUGAAGUGAAAUGGUACAAGUAUAAAGGUAUGGGGUAUCCUGUGGUGUAUUCUAGGAGCACUGCAGAUAUAUUACAGGAGUUUAGAGGAAGAACAUCAGUACCUGGAAGUCCUAGUCAGGGAGACUGCAGCUUACAGCUCAACAAUGUCCGCCAGGAAGACAACGGGAUAAGCCUGUAUCCAUGGAUCUAUCCGGAGACGUCCAACAACGAAUACAAAUACAUCGAAAUAAAUGUUGUGAACCCUGAGAUCCACAUUUCCGUAUCAAGCCCACAAAUGGACGGAAAUUUAUCCACCGCCAACUGCACAGUCCAGCAUUCCUGUCCUUCGUCCCCUCCUCCAGUGCAAUGGGUGGGUUUGUCUUCCGUUUCUAACAGCCUGAUCAGCACCACGUUUUCAGAAGGACUGUGGACUUCAGUGACACGAGCUCAGUUCAGAGCAAACCGUCUGUACCACAGCAGCGCGGUCAGCUGCAGAGCAACACUCAACAGCAAAUAUAUAUACAGUACAGCUGUUGGACUCAACGUCUUCUACACCCCCACUGAUGUGAAGGUAGGUGGAGCUGAUGAAGGUGUGGUUGAGGGUGAUAUGAUCUCACUCACAUGCACCAGUAACAGCAACCCUGAACCAACUGACUACGAGUGGCUCGUUACCCAGAAGGGUUCCACCACGACCCGCAGGGCACCGAGAACGUUUCCCCUUGGAUCUGUCAGACGAGACACGUCAGUCUCCUGCACUGCCCGUAACUCUGUUGGAAGAGGUCAAUCAGAGUCAGUGCUGCUGAAUGUCCACUUUGCCCCCACCAUCCUGAUGAAUUCAUCUUGCUUUGUGUCGGCUGGAGGUGUCCGGUGCGUGUGUCGAGCAGAGGCCGAGCCCAAUGCCAGCAUCUUCUGGAUGGUUGAUGGUAGCAGAGCUGUUCUCCCACACUUCAGUACAACGACUCGACACACAGGAAGAAUAACAGUCUCAGAGCUGACAGGACCACCGGCCAGCAACGUGUCCUGUGAGGCGUCUAACAUCGUGGGGACAAACGCUUUCCAGUGUCCACUGUCUGAAGGAAACUCCGGAUCGAUGGUAGCUGCUGUGGUCUGCACCAUUUUAGGAAUUGCUGUGGUGGUGGCUAUCUGCUUGAAGAAGAGACGUCAGCGUCCAGCGGACUCCACCUUCAGGUCACGUACAGAGUCCAAUGGAAAGAAUAUCGUCCUGAAUCUUAAUGACAAUAUCUAUGCGAACAAUGCAGCUGGAGAAGACAUCUAUGUCAACACCGAGGACACACCGCAGACAAACGAGGAUGACGGGGAUGACAUCUACCAGAACUACUGAGACCUUCCUGACAUGGAGGUAUCUCCAGUAGCCUUCAACCUGCGGUGUUCUGCCUUUACUGGAGAAGAAUUUAAGUGUUAAAGCUGUUCAUUUCACUCAGACUGCAAGUAUAACACAUAUAAGAAGAACUAUGGAAGACUUGGUUGCCACUUUUUUUUUUUUUUUAAAGGUAGGAAAUUAGACAUCUUCCUUGCUUUUUGUUUCAGGUUAAUUUAAUAGAAAUUGUGCAAUAAAAUAUGCAGUAAAAUGGCAUAUUUAAGAUUGUUCCCUGGAGAGGAUGUAUUACUGAACCACGAGCAAAUAUCUCCAUACAACUAUUAAUUUAAGUACUACUCCCACAACUCUAGCAGACAAAUUAUGGACAGGAUGGUACUCCCCCCCCCCCCAAGGCUUAGCAUGAUGCUAACCAGUGCAGGUAUCUAAGCAGACAUAACAAGCGCGGCGAGCCGUUCAAUGACAUCAUCAGCUGAUGCAGUUUGAAAAGAUGUGGUGGAGUACACAACCACCCACAUGUCCGGCUGACACUGAAGGACGACUGACUGUCGAGCCUGCUUCCCACUUCA